UCCCAGCAUGCACUACAGAACGGUGCUGAUGUACACUGAAAUAGGCUGCUUUGUAGCAUGCGUCUGCGGCUGGAUCCUGAUCUGCUCCACUAUCCCCACGGAGUACUGGACUUACUCUGAGGUGGCCAGUUUAGUCCUCACAUCUUCCCACUAUUUCUCCAACCUCUGGAAAGACUGUCUCUCCGACUCCACAGGUGUGUCCGACUGCAAGGAGUUCCCCUCGCUGCUGGCUCUGCAGACACACAUUCACCUGUGCCGAUCUCUCGUCAUCACAUCCAUAGCUCUGGGAUUCUUCGGAUCCGCUCUGGCUUUGGUGGGGAUGAAGUGCACAAAACUCGGAGGCUCUGAAACGGUGAAUGCAAGAAUAACCUUCGCUGCAGGGAUCAACUACUUGUUGUCAGGUCUCUGCGGCAUGUUGGCUUACAGCUGGUACGGCCACAAGGUGAUUUCAGAGUUCAUGGAUCCCAACUACAAGGCCAAAAAGUUUGAGCUGGGAGUGGCGCUGUAUGUGGGAUGGGGCGGAUCGGCGCUCCUGCUGGCCGGAGGACUCGUGUACAGCAUCACCGCAGGGAACCAGGCCUGCCAGUCCAGGUAUCUCAAUCUAACCUGUGCCUCUGAGUGAAUCGCAGGAAGACAA